CACUACAAGGUCCUUCACUGCUGCUUCAUUUGAUCUCUUUCUCUUGUUGGGGUGAACGGCCAUGUAGUGACAUUCACGUAAAUUCUUUGAAGAACCAUCGUCUGUCUUUGUCUUUUUACCCUGAAGUUGGGGUCUUGCUCUUUUCAAUAAAUCUAACCGUGCUGCUUCAUUUGAUCUCUUCUUCUUGGGUAGAACGGUCUCAACGGUCUUGGGGUGACGGGCCAUGUAGUGAGCAUCGAGUAAAUCCUUUGAACUAAAUGCUCUGCCACAAAGAUCUCGUAUAUUUAAAGGAAAAUACAUUUUCAAUGGAAAAAUGGCGAAUUGGGAACAGGAAAUUUUAUCACCUUAUCAUGCAUUCAUCACAGUAGAAUCGGUGACGGGCCGUGUAGUGAGCAUCGAGUUUGAACUAAAUGCUCUGCCACAAAGAUCUCGUAUAUUUAAAGGAAAAUACAUUUUUUCAAUGGUGAAAUGGCGAAUUGGGAACUGGGAAUUGAAUCACCUUAUCAUGCAUUCAUCACAGAAGAAUCGGGGAAUUGCUGACUUGUUGGCCUCUGCAGACCUCUUCAUAGGCGCUUCAACCUUCUUUUUACUAGUAAAUUGUUCAUCAAAAAGAGCAAGACCCCAACUUCAGGGUGAAAAGACGAAGACAGAAUCUCCUCCCAAUAGGGUUGAAAUUGAACCCUUAGAACAUUGUGAUACAAACAAGCGUCAGCCGUUAAAGGUUGUUUGGGAUGCCCAGAACUGUUUUAUUCCAACUCGUUUAUCGUAUAACAAGGCGUACGAUAAUAUUGUGAGAACUCGAAGGGAGUGGAACUAUGAAGUGGAUACUUUUUGCGCAUAUUCUGUAAAAUUCUGCGACAAGUUCAAACAGAUACCAGGUGUUGAGCCAGUUCCGGUUCCUGUUACUCUCGGUCCUAAAGGUGAAAAACGUGAUGAUGUGGAUAAUGCUAUUGAGCUCAAUAUGUCUCAAUGGGUGAUCGAACGUGUGCCUCCAGCUCCUGUGCUAUUAAUAGCUGGAGAUGCUGAUUACAUAGAGAUAAUUGAAAAACUGAUCGGAUGUGGCUUUAAAGUGAUAUUGGCGUACAACUCUAAUGCAAUCGAAGAACUUCGAAAUUCCACGCCUGAAAGUGUAUCUUGGGAUGAAUUGGUUGGUGGAAAAUUGAUAAACAAGAAUUUGCCCUCACCAGUUCCUCAGGAUGUACCUAGUGCACCAAUGAGGUGUUUUAUACAUUCACCAACGAGAAGCAUGCGCGUUAUAUGGGAUUUACGUACUUGUGCUUUGCCUGGGAAAAUAGAGAUGAAAGAACUCAGGAUGAAUAUUGAAAAGGCAGUAGAAGAAGCUGGUGAUUAUAGAGUUCAGUCUAUUCAGGUCUAUUCCACACACCUGAAACCCGGAAAGAUAAAAAAACUAGAAGGAGCUGGAAUUCAAGUUCAGAUUUUACAUCCCCCAACCCACGGGAAAAAGAAGAGAGGAAAAGGUAAAAAGAAAGGGAGAAACAACAGCAAGGAACAUUGUGACGCGAGGAUAGCAAAAGAAAUUCUUGAUUGGAGCAUGAUAAAGGAGCCUCCUGCACCAAUUCUCCUCAUUUCUGGUGAUGUACGUCUGAGAGAAAGUAUAUCUGUGUUGGUAGCUUGGAAAUAUGAUAUAUUUUUGGCUCAUAAUAACAAGUGUGAGGACUCUCUGAAGAACUCAUCUACACGUUCUGGAUUUUGGAAUAGAUUUCAUAAUGGUAAGUCGAGAGGAGUUGCUUGGGGAAUGUGGGAUGACUCUCGUGUCUGACGUUUGUCUCUUUUUUUUGGUAUUAGUCACUUGUUUGACAUUUGUUUCUGAUUUUUCUGUUUUGGAGUGAGUGAAACUUGUCAGUAGUAGAAAUCGACAUUGACUUGUGUUGGAGUGUUAUUCCGUUUUUAGGUGGGCCUUGUCCGAUGACGCAGAAACGUGAGGAAACACAAAUUUUUUGUUU